CCGCCCCUUCCCCCUGUGCGGGAACCGCGGGAGCCGCGGCAGGAGCAGGGACGGAACCGCCGCUUUCCCGAGGAGAAGGCGGCGAGCUCAGGAGAGCCAUGAAACCACCCCAGCGCGGCAGCGAGGCGCGGUGAACGCUGCUGCACGAAGCUUGUCCCCUCUGCUGUCCCCUCCGGUGGCCGUUCCCGCCUAAACGCGGCGGGCGUGGCCGUGAGGGGCCCCGCGGCCAUGAAGGCGCUGCGGCGGCUCAGCCGGCACCGCACCGCGCUGGGGCUCGGCGGGCUCUCGCUCUGCGCCGCCGUCCUGCUCUACCUCGCCAAGUGCACCUCGGAGGGGCUGCGCCCGCUGCCCGCGCCCCCCGCGCUCCCGCACAGCCAGCCCGGCCGCGGGGCCCGCGCCGCGCCCCCGCCCGCCGCUGAGGGCAGCGCCUUGCUGGCCGUGGUGGUGAUGAGCGGCCCCAAGUACAGCGAGCGGCGCAGCAUCAUCCGCAGCACCUGGAUGGCGGCGGCGCGGCAGGCGCCUCACGGCCCCGUCUGGAGCCGCUUCGUGGUGGGCACGGCGGGGCUGAGCGCCGAGGAGCUGCGGGGCCUGGAGCUGGAGCAGAGCCGGCACCGAGACCUGCUGCUGCUGCCGGAGCUGCGCGACUCGUACGAGAACCUCACGGCCAAGGUGCUGGCUACCUACGUGUGGCUGGACGCGCACCUGGACUUCCAGUUCGCCCUCAAGGCUGACGACGACACCUUCGUGCGCUUGGAUGUGCUGGUGGAGGAGCUGAGGGCCAAGGAGCCGCGGCGCCUCUAUUGGGGCUUCUUCUCGGGCCGCGGGCGGGUGAAAUCGGGGGGGAAAUGGAAGGAGAGCGCCUGGCUGCUGUGUGAUUAUUACCUGCCCUACGCGCUGGGUGGUGGAUACGUGAUCUCCGCCGACCUGGUGCGCUACCUGCGCCUCAGCAGGGACUACCUGAACCUGUGGCAGAGCGAGGACGUGUCCCUGGGGGUCUGGCUGGCGCCCAUCGACGUGAAGAGAGUGCACGACCCCCGCUUCGACACCGAGUACAAAUCGCGCGGCUGCAACAACAAAUACAUCGUGACUCACAAGCAGAGCAUCGAGGACAUGCUGGAGAAGCACCAGACGCUGGCCAAGGAAGGGAAGCUGUGCAAGGAGGAGGUGAAACUGCGCCUUUCCUACAUGUACGACUGGGGAGUGCCUCCCUCGCAGUGCUGCCAGAGGAAGGAUGGCAUCCCCUGAAAGGAGACACGGCGUGAUGGGCUCUGCUCGCUGUGACACCGGAGAAUCCCGUGGAAAAAAUGGAAUUCUCGCCUCAGUUUCUCCCUCAGAACAUUGGGCAUAAAGGGUUUGGGGUGCAGGCGUGGCUGGAUUUAGGGAAUUGUGGUUGAUUAGGUUCGGGAUUCCUGGAAUUUCCCACUCCAUAUCCAUGGACAGACUUCCCAAAUCACAGCCCGGUGCUGUGGAUCCAUAAUUCCAGCAGAACUGAGCUGCUAAAAUGGAAUUUUGGCCUCAGUUUCUCCCUCAGAACCCCUGAGGCACUGAUCCCAAAGGCUUUGGGAUGCAGGCCUGGCUGGGUUUAGGGAAUUGCAGUUAAUUGGAGUCAGGGGUUAAUUAAUCUAGAAAAGAUUUUGCACAGCUCGUUCUGGCACCCCGGGACUCCCUGGGAGCUGCUGACGUGGCAUGGUUGGAAAUGCUUAAAAAAACAAAAUAAAAUAGGUGACAGAAAGCCCAGAAAAAGGCCAAAUGCCUGGAUGGGAGGCAAAUAAAAGGUGACAAAACACAGAGAGUAUAAAAAGCCAGGAGAGAGAGAACUGGAAUGGAAAGUUUGAAGAGAUUCUGAUAUUUAUUUGCUAAAGGUCACGCUGAGUUUUGAUGGUGAUAAGACUGAAAUGAGGCUGCUGUUGAUUCCUUGGCAAGGAAAUGACAACAGGGAAGAGCCCAGACUGGGAACAGGUUCUUGCCAGGGGCAGAAAUUGAAUUUAUUUUAAUUUAGGAGAUUUUUUUUUGGCUUUGCAAAGCCUUCAGGUGUUGUUUGGAGUUCAUUUCCCUCCAACACUCAAGAACUCCCUGGCUGCUCCAAGACAUUGCAGGCUUCAAAUUUAGAUUUAUUUUUAAUAAAAUGAGCAGAAGAAUUGAGCAGUGGGAGUUUCAAAAAGCUUUUUUUAUCCCCAAAGGUGGGGAUUUAAGGUAUGAAAAUGAACUUUGUGAACCCCCACCCCAAAAAUACAACUUUGAGAACUUUAUUUCACACUAGAAAAAAAAAAUCACAUUUAGGUGCUCAAAGCUGGGGGAAUUCCCUCUUUCUCUCCAAAAAUUCCAUGUAGAAGAACUCCAUUAAUUAAUUAAAAUGGAAUUAAUUACAUCCAGAGAUGGGAUUUUCCUCUCAGUCCUGGCUAAUCAGGGCUCAGACAUUAUUUAUUUAUCUCCAAACCUGGAAUUCAAACAUUUUUCAGUGGCAGCUGCUCCAAAAUUUUUCCAGUCCCCUGUGCCAGCUGCAGCUCCUGCAGCCUGAGUGGUUUUUACUUUGUAAAUGUCAAAUUUCAUUUUUUAAAUGUCUUUUUUUUUGGUGAUUUUUAUUUUUUUUUUGGUGUUUGUUGCACUCUGCACUUUCAUUCCCAUUCCAUUCCCUCCUUCCCAACUCUGGCUGGAAGAGACAAAUGGCAAAGAAAAAUUAAAAAUAAAAAUUUUUAAAAAGUGCCAAUUUCUCUUUCUUUUUGCUUCUUAGCAAAAUUAGGAAUUUUAGGAAUUAGGAAUACCAAAGGGAGCAAUUAUGUUGUUUAUUUAUUUUGUUACUCUCUUGUUUUAAUUAAUUAAUUAUUGAAGAUUAAAAAUCUUCAGAAGAUUUUUUUUCUAUUUUGAGAAUUUCAAGGCAUUUUUUUCCUUAAACAAAAACUAAAAUCCUGCAAAAACUCUUCUUAUUUUAGCAUGUUAAACUCAAUUAUAAUAAUUGUAAUUAUUAUGAUGAUAAUAAUUAUUAUUAUAAUGCAUGCUUAGGGAUUACCAGGGAGUAUUUUUUCCCAAAAUAUCCUAUUCCAAAAGAGGAAUUUUCCAAGAAGACACCAAACUCCAGUUUUUAAACAUCCAUUUGCCAUCUGAGGUUCAUUAAUGUUGUCUGUAAAUGUGAUUAAUUACCUGUAAUGUGAAUAUUUAUUUAUAAUUAUAUUUAUUUAUCAUUCUU